UUACGAACCUGCAAGCCACCGCUCCGGGAAAAGCGCGAUGUCGGCCAAACGAUCACGUGAGCGUCCCCCGUGUUGUCAUGUGACUCGGGUCCACGUUUAGAACGACAAACAUGAGACCGCGGCCGGGAGUGGAAACCUUUUGCGUCUUGCUGCUCGUCCUGUGGGCCGUCGCGGUUCCGGUCCGAGCGCGCGGACGCUCGUCGUUUUUCGGCAAAAAAUGGCCCAACGUCAGCGGGGUCAAGGGCGCCGACCCCGGCGCCCCUCUUUUUCUCACCCCGUACCUGGAAAAGGGCGCCAUUGACGAAGCCAGGAAGUUGAGCUUGGUUGGAAAUCUGCCCGGCCAAAAUGUGAAGAGUUACGCCGGCUACCUGACUGUCAACAAGGAAUACAACAGCAACCUCUUCUUCUGGUUCUUCCCGGCACUCAAACCGUCCCGCGACGAUCGGGCCCCCGUCCUGCUGUGGCUGCAAGGGGGCCCCGGAGGCACCUCCCUGUUCGGACUCUUUGUGGAGCACGGACCUUACGUGGUUUAUAAGAACAUGACCGUCAACCUGCGGGAUUACGCCUGGACUGCGAAAUAUUCCGUGCUAUACGUCGAUAAUCCGGUGGGAACGGGUUUCAGCUUCACGGACGACGAGCGCGGUUACGCUCAGAAUCAGGACGACGUCGGCAGAGAUCUGUACAGCGCUUUGACGCAGUUCUUCCGACUCUUCCCCGAAUACCAGUCCAAUGACUUCUACGCGACCGGAGAGUCCUACGCCGGGAAGUACGUUCCCGCCGUCUCGUACUACAUCCACAAAAACAACCCGACUGCCGAGGUCCGGAUCAACUUGAAGGGCAUGGCCAUCGGCGACGGCCUGUGCGACCCGGAAAUGAUGCUGGGCGGCUACGGCGAGUUCUUGUACCAGACGGCCAUGAUCGACGAGGCCCAGAAGCGCUACGUGGACGCGCAGACCGACCUGGGCGUGCGGUUGAUCCGGCAGCAGAGGUGGCUGGAGGCUUUUCAGGUUUUCGACAGCUUGCUGAACGGCGACGUGGCGGCGUUCCCGUCCUUCUUCCAGAACGCAACCGGCUGCAGCAACUACUACAACUACAUGUUAUGUCAGGAACCCGAAGACCAGGAGUACUUCUCCGCGUUCGUGACGCUGCCGGCGGUGCGGCGCGCCAUCCACGUGGGCGGCCUGGAUUUCCACGACGGCUCGCGCGUGGAAAAGUACCUGCUGCGGGACGUGAUGAAGAGCGUCAAGCCGUGGCUGGGCCUGCUCAUGGACCGCUACAAGGUACUGAUCUACAGCGGCCAGCUGGACGUGAUCGUGGCGGCUCCCUUGACCGAGAGGUUCCUGCCCACCGUCAACUGGACCGGAGCGGCCGCCUACAGGACGGCGCCGCGCUUCCCCUGGAAGCUUCAGCCCCAAGACAAAGAGGUGGCCGGCUACGUCCGGCAAGUCGGGGAGUUCUACCAGGUCGUGGUCAGGGGAGGCGGACAUAUUUUGCCGUACGACCAGCCGGCGAGAUCUUUCGACAUGAUGGACAGGUUCCUGUCGACGCGAGGCUGGAAGUGAGGCGAGCGGUUGCAAAUCAGGUUCUUAUUGAUGCUGCUGCUAAUCUCCGGAUCCGAUUUGAACGAGCAAUUUUUCUUUUAUGAGAUCGUCGCCAGUCUUUUAAUCAUAUCUUCGAUUUUAAAGCAUUUGAAACAUUUUGACCUCACGAGUGAAUUUUAGUAAACUGAAUUUUUUUUUUUUUUUUUUGUAUUUCGCUUGAACUGGCAUGAAAUUAAAAUGCACCAUUCAAAAACAUUUUUGUCUCGACGUUUUCAAAGUUUACCUGUAGUAACCAUAACAACCACCAAGUGGCGCUGUAGGCAAAGCUUUUAUUUUUGUCUUCCCCCAAUUCACAAAUACGAUCUCGUGAUCAUA